ACCAUGGAGAACUAGGAGGGUACAUAUCGCUUCCAGUUUUCAGCUUCCUUGCUCUCUUCUUUCCCCAUCCCUUUCUUCCCAGACAGUCCUCAAACCCAAUCGCCACAUCUCUUUCACACUCCUCUAGAGUGUUCACAUAACCCAAGUGGGGAUUGGUGACCAAGUAAUGUGCUUGCAAGCCUCUUUCUGGGACGAAUAAGCAACUGAAAUUGAUUCCAGUUGUACCUGCUGCUGCAGGAGACUGAGGGAGGUGGCCGGCAGGGGCGAGCCCAGCUGUCUCCGCCCACAACCCCGCCCACGGCCCCGCCCAAGGCCCGCCCCGCCCCCUCCCAUCUCCCUCUGCUUGUCGGCCCCACCCUUCUCCACCUCCUCUGACUUCGCUCUCUCCUCCAGAGGCCGCCCGUCCCUUUUAAGGAACUCCACCCUAGGUGGAGUCCUCAUGAUUGUCACACCUCUUCUGCGAGGCCUAGCCGGGCUGAGGAAGACGGAAUCACUCCACCCACUCAGGUUGCCCCGAGAGCACUUCAGGUUCUGACCCGUGGGUGCGUGAGGUCCUUGUGGGGGUAGCUUAGGUGCUUUUUAGUAACCUCUGUGCAGACGAUCCACAAGAGUUACUGCGGUUUUUCGCUGAAGCCCCUACCCUAGGCUAGUGUUCUGAUAUUUCAACCAAUCGUCGGCAUUUUCUCCUCCCUUCUUUCUUUUUAGGAAGACGCUGGGGUGUGUGUGGCGCCAGCUGCGGCACUGAAGCAUUGAAGGUUUUCUUCUUGUGGUUAUCUCCUCGUGGGGUUCCUAUCUUGGAUUAUUCCUCAUCGGUCUCAACUUUAUGUUCAAGUAGUGUUUUGAGGUUUAAGGUGGUUUUCUUAGCCCUUCACCCCGGCCUGCUUCUCCAGGGUGUGUGGAGUUCAGAGGAUGGGUGGAGAGUGGGCUUGGCCAGAACUGAAUUGGUGGAGGUAGAAGGGAAACGGAGGCUCUUCGAUCCCACGAACCCACUUUAUUUUUAUCUGAGAAAAAGGCUACAGGAGGGGAGUAUUCUUUUUAGGAAGUCUGCUCUGUCGGCCCUGAUUUUGGGGUUGGAUGCUUUGAGGAGCUUUGUUUCCCUUGUUCUGAGGUCUGAAUCGACUCCCUGUCUUUUCGCCUCUCCCCCCCCCCCCCAUUUUCCAGCCGGCAGAAAAAGGGGAGGUGGGGGACCAAGAAAGAGAAGGCGAGAGCUUGUCGCCAGGCGUCCUGUCAGACAUGGGCGGGUGUGAGGGGAACAGCUGACUUGCCAUCAGCUCUGGAGUAUGAGCCUCUCGGAGUACCGCAUGAGCUCCGGACACUUCUGGAGUCCUCAGCUACGGGCGUAGGCGAUAUGGAUCAACUCAUGAACAACUUGGGAGUCCAAAUUAAGUCAGAAGGUGGCUCCUUGCAGGUAUUCAAACAGGGUACUAUCCAACUGAGAGAUCACUCUAUCAUGGCAGAUAAAAGUAGUAUGACAUCUCCACCACUCCUGGAUACCAGCUCCAUGGAGAACCCAGCUCUGUUUAAUGACAUCAAGAUUGAACCUCCAGAAGAACUUCUGGCAAAUGAUUUCAACCUACCCCAGGUGGAACCGGUUGAUCUCUCUUUUCAUAAACCCAAGGCUCCUCUCCAGCCUGCUAGCAUGCUGCAAGCUCCAAUACGCCCUCCCAAGCCACUGUCUGCUCCCCAAGCUCUUGUGGUAUCCACUUCAACAUCUGACAUGAGCACUUCAGCAAACAUCCCUGCUGUUCUUACUCCAGGUUCUAUCCUAGCCUCCUCUCAGGGGACUGGUGGCCAACCGAUCUUACAUGUUAUUCACACCAUCCCCUCAGUCAGUCUGCCAAAUAAAAUAGGUGGACUAAAGACCAUCCCACUGGUAGUACAGUCUCUGCCCAUGGUGUAUACCAAUUUGCCUGCAGAUGGGAGCCCUGCAGCAAUUACGGUCCCACUCAUUGGAGGAGAUGGCAAAAACGCUGGAUCAGUGAAAGUUGAUCCUACUUCCAUGUCUCCACUGGAGAUUCCAAGUGAUAGUGAGGAGAGUGCAAUUGAAAGUGGAUCCUCAGCCUUACAGAGUCUGCAGGGACUGCACCAUGAACCAACAACAAUGGCCCAAAUGCAGGGAGAAGAAUCACUGGACUUGAAGAGAAGACGGAUUCACCAAUGUGACUUUGCAGGAUGCAGCAAAGUGUACACCAAAAGCUCUCACCUGAAAGCUCAUCGCAGAAUCCAUACAGGAGAGAAGCCUUAUAAAUGCACCUGGGAUGGCUGCUCCUGGAAAUUCGCACGCUCGGAUGAGCUCACUCGCCAUUUCCGCAAGCACACAGGCAUCAAGCCCUUUCGGUGCACAGACUGCAACCGCAGCUUUUCUCGUUCUGACCACUUGUCUCUGCACCGUCGGCGCCAUGACACCAUGUGAGCAUCGCAGGCCACACUAGAGGAGCUGUGCUGGUCUCCUGUGUGGUGCUGAGAUCGUGACCAGUUUGUCCUCUACGACCUCUACUUGCCUCGGGGAUGGGGUUGGAGCAGCCUACUGAGCCAGGUUGAGGAGACUGAAAAGCUGUCUGGUCUCCCAUGGGGCUCUUCAUAUUCCACCUUCACCUCUCCAUUGUCCAGACUUCAGUUUUUUCAACCUCCGCAUCGGUUGAAUUCCAGUGCGGCACCCAUGGCUGCCCCUUCCCCAGACCCUUUAUUCUGAUAUAGACAUUUUUCCUACAAUAACAAAACAGGAAUCAAACUCAAGGCUGUGAACAAACAUACGCUGCUUCCCCUCCCAUCCCUAUUUUUUCUCGUUUUCUAGAACUUUUAUCCACAUAUAUAUCUAUAUUUUUAAUCAGUACUUAAGGCAGUUGGUAGUAUCCUAAAAUGACUUUUUUUCAUGUUCCUACAUGGAGGGAGCAUAACAUGCAGUUGAAUGGUAAGAUUGACAGAGAAUUGGGUCUUAAAUGCAGGGCAUGUUGUUAGUGAAUAAGCUGAUUCUCAUACCAAACUUAAAGGUUUUGUAGAUUCAAUCCUGUUUUCUUCUUACAAUAUGGUUUUCAGACAUUGCUGGUUUCUUCUUUGUAAAUCCAUCAAAGAGGAUGAAGGGACCUUCUUUUCUUUCUCCUCUUUCUCCUCCUGCUCUUUUAGAAUUAAAGAUUUUUGUGGCACAAUUACAUCUUCUUAGGUUACGUUUGGACAAAUAUUCAAAGCACACGACAGGUCACUUGGGGAAAAAAUUGUUCUAGGAAAGCAAGUUGGGCACUGACAGGAACAAAUAGACCUUGGGGCGACCCUGAGAACAAAUAGGAUGACUUUCAUUUGGAUAGGAUGUCAGAAGUGCUGGUAAUCACAAACCUCAUUUCAAAUGGCAGCCUGUUGAGACAGUAUCUUCAGGAGCUGCACUGUACUGUUCUUUUUUGUUUGUUUGUUUGUUUACAUGAAGCAAUGAUUUAGUAUAUUUACAUGAUGAGAAAUAUACACUGAGGUCCUGUUACCCAGAGGUGAGGGGUUGGAAGAAAGGACUUACGUUUCUGACAUAACAUUAUUGGCAUUCACUAAUCUAUUUUGAAUGGGAUAUAAAAGGCGGUGUGUGUG